GAAAGGACUACCGAAUGAGCCUCAAGCUCACUCGCUUGUUAGGCGGCUACUUCAAACGGCAUUAAACCAAACCACGGUGUGCGUCACAUUUGAGCUACAUGUCGGCGCAGCUGGGACGGCCACCAUAAGACUAUUGCUACUCUCCAGACGUCAUCACGAAGUACUCACCUCAUAAAGACUCAGCCACGAUCGCGCAUUAACUUAUCUUAAACAAACUCGGGUCAAUUCGAAAUUGCAAGACAAGGGGCGCCAUCAUGUCCGCCACCGUAACUGCUACCGUUCCAGAGAGCUACAAACUCGAGCUCAUGUCUGCCUAUGGCACCGUAUUCCGCGAUGUCCUGAAAACCCCACCCCGGAACUGCAACGCCUCCGAGGUUCCUGUCAUCGAUCUCUCCAACAUCCGCGGCACGGAGUCAGAGCGCAAGGCCCUUGCUGCCACCAUCCGAGAUGCCGCCGAGAACACGGGUUUCUUUUACAUCAAGAACCACGGCAUUCCCAAAGCGACCAUCGACGCAGCUUACAAGCAGGCGCGGACCUUCUUCUCGCAGCCUGAUGAGAAGAAGGCGCUCAUCUCGCAAAAGAAGUCCAAGUUUUUCAACGGGUGGACGGCAAAACGCGCAGCCCAGAUAUCGCCAACGGAAACCAAGGACCACCGCGAGGGGUUCAGCUUCCGUUAUGACCCGCGGCAUGAUCCCGAGACCAAGGACCCGGACGCCGUGCCCGAAGCUGUGAAGCCAUGGAUGAAGCAUGAGGGUUUUGUGUGGGAAGGAACGAGCCAUUUGCCGGACUUCAAAGACGACAUGGUCGCCUAUUGGCAAAGUUGCAUAACGCUAGCGAGGAGUCUCAUCAGGAUCUUCGCUUUAGCGUUGGAUGUGCCGGAAAACCAUUUUGAUGAUAUCAUCACGUAUCCUGGAAGUGACAGCGUGGUCAACUACUACCCCAAGAACACCGAAGCGCAAGACACAACCAUCGAUGUUGGUCUUGGAGCACACACCGACUUGCAGUGCUUCACUCUGCUUUGGCAAGACACAGUUGGCGGACUCCAGGUUCUCACAAAAGAAGGCCAGUGGAUCAAAGUGCCGCCGGUUCCUGACACCUUCGUCAUCAACAUUGGCGACUUCUUCCAGAGAUUGUCCAACGAUCGUUUCCAGUCGACAGUGCAUCGUGUCUACAAUUACGCUCCCGAGGACCGGUACUCCAUGCCCUUCUUCUUCGGUUUCAACCACAACGAGCAGUGCUCCGUCUUGCCGACGUGCACAGACGAGAAGAACCCGCCGAAGUACGAACCGAUCAGCUGUGGCGAGUGGUGUCGACAAAGAUUCCAAAAGACUUUUGAAUAUUCAAAAGCGAAAUCGGAGCUGGCCAAAUAGGUCAACGAUGAGGGGUACAGCUGAUGGAGAUAUCUAACAGAAGAUCCGUUUGGUUUCUUCUAUUCGAGGCAUGCGGGCUAGGCCUAUUCGAACUCUGGUGUCGUGAUAUUGGUUGUAUAUUAUGUUCCCAUCGAAGAUAAUCCAGUGCAUAAUGAUCACUAAGAACCACUUUAAUGUGUACUUGAC